AUGCGAUCCUUCAGCUUCCUUUCUCUGUUGAGUCUUCUGCUCCUGCUGGGAACCAUCUCGUCAGCCUGGUCAGGACAACAGGAUGGUGUGGCAGUGCCUCAUGGAGGAGUUGUAGCGAGAGCGGAACCGACCGCCACCGACGAGAAGAAAGCCGAUGCGACCCCCACCGCGACCGAAAGUGCCCCGGAAGAAACAGCCAGCGACUCUUCCGAGACAGAUUCUGCAACUGAUUCGAGCAAGGGGACCAAGACGGCUACCGAGACCGGCACCAAAACCGGAACAGGAAGCACCACGGAGACAGCUACUGGCAAGUCCGACAAAACUGACAAGACCAGCAAGACCAAGACCAAGACGACCUCUAUCGACCCACGUCUCCCUGCUGGCGGCAUCUCGAUGAUCACCCCUACCGCGGGUGCUUCGUCCUACUACAAGAUCGGUGAAUUUGUGACAUUUGCGUGGAACUACACCUCCCUGCUCGUGACGCCGUCCGCGGUCAACGUCCUCGCAACUUGCGCCAAGAACAGUGCAACCUACACCCUCUCGAGCAACAUGACGGUCGAGCAGACCGGAAAAGUGGUCUGGGACACGGGCAAGUACCAGUCGAAUGCUACCACGCCGCUGUUGACCGCGACCUAUACUCUGUACGUGGUUGAUAUCGACAAGGAUAUCGGUGACGUUGCCGGUGCCGGCCACCUUGGCUCGCAGAUUGGAUACAGCUUCGGAAUGUAUUCUCCGCAGCCAUAUGUCCCUCUAAAUGAGUACAACUGCGCCACCUGCAACGGCGCCCUCUCCGAGACCGAACGACAGGCCCUCAAGUUCGUCUUUGGCAUGGUCUUUAUCACCAUCGCCUCCUUCACCUGGUUUGCUGGUGACUUUGGUGUCUUUUCCACUUGA